AUGUCGAAGGGCAAAAAGCAAAAGAUCAAGCCACGUCCGCCGCCUGCCCCGGGAUCCAGACGUGCCAUGCCGCUUGACGAGGAGCUAGACCUAGCUAACUUGCCUCCUCUACCACCCAGCCCCGCUCCUUCCACCGAAGUCCGUCCUCCGGGCAACCGCAAGGGCAACCAGGACCCGGCUAGCGGUGCCACCGAGCAGGCUGGCGAUCUCCUCGACAACGCCGGUCUCCAGAUUCCCGGCGUCACCAAGGGCGGCGAGGAGAAGGACGGCAGCCUGAAGAUCAAGAUUCACCUCAACCUGCACGCCAAGGUCCGUCUGGACCUCGAUGCCAAGCUCUACGGUGAUAUCGUCAUUGGCCUCUUGUAA